AUGCCUGCUGACGAAAUUCAGUACUCUGAGAAGUAUUACGACGAUGUGUUCGAAUAUCGACACGUUAUACUGCCGCCGGACUUGGCGAAACUCGUUCCCAAGACCCACCUCAUGACGGAGACCGAGUGGCGUAAUUUGGGAGUGCAGCAGUCGCCCGGAUGGGUGAUGUAUAUGGUACACGCACCAGAACCACACAUCCUGCUAUUCCGGCGUCCUCGUGCGGCAGUGCCAACGGAACAGCCUUAGAAUCGUUAUUUGUGUUCGGACUUUUGUUACUUUGAGUGUUCUCCGAUCUCAUUACCA